UAGACACUCCAAGCGUGUUUUUUGACUGCUAUUUCCUAGUAAAGUACUACACAAUCACGUGAUAGUAAAGAGUAUUAAACUCGGCAAGACUGCUUCCUUCUGAAAGUUAACACUGCUUUUCUGUGAAGCUUGGACUAAUUCAAUCAUCCUCCACAUAUAAAACUCUAUAAGCCUUUGCACAGAUCUAUAGAAACUGUAACCGAUUCAAUUUUCAACUUCAAUAUUUAUAUAUAAACUCCCAAAUAGCAAGCCCUUACACAGAUAGAGAGAGAUGGCUUCAUUACCACAGAAGACUGUACAACAUUUCACCCAUGACCAUCCAUUAACAGAAGUUGACGCAAGGACAGAGUUUGUCUGCGAUGGUUGUAGGACUCUAGGUGUUGGCACAAGGUAUGGAUGUGAGUCCUGCGAUUUUGAUCUCCACGAUCACUGUGCCACCUGCCCUUUGGAGCUCUCUUCUUUUAUGCACGAACAUGAUCUGAAACUCGUCGUUAGCAAGCCACAGGCUACGUCCCUGCAGAACGAGCGUUUCUGUGACUUGUGCGGCGACCCUGUCCAAGGGAUUUUCUAUCAGUGCAGGCUAUGCGAAUUCGAUGUGCACCCUCUUUGUACCAAAUUGCCUGAAUAUAUACGGCACGUGAUGCAUAAGGAGCAUCCUUUGAGGCUGCAAGGAUCGGUGCCUGGUAGGUGUAUGGUCUGCAAAGAUACAUGCACGUCUUGGCAUUAUAGGUGUGGGAUUUGCUGUUUUGAUCUUCACCUUGAGUGUGUUUUAGCACCUUGUGAGGAGGAGGCGACGUCAACGUCAACCUCUCGAUCUUUGAAAAGCCCAGUUCCACCACCAUCACCAUCAGCUCCGUAUCUUUGUAAUGCUUAUGGCUAUGGGGCCAUUCCGCCACCACCAUCACCAUCAGCUCCGUCUCUUUAUAAUGCUUAUGGCUAUGGGGCCAUUCCGCCACCACCAUCAUCAUCAGCUUCGCCUUAUUAUGUUUAUGGCUAUGGAGCCAUUCAACCACCACCACCACCACCACCAUCUUCGCCUUAUUAUGCAUAUGGCUAUGGUGCCAUUCCACCACCUCCUUAUUCUGCGUAUGGUUACAGGCCUUCUGCUCAUGGCUAUGGAACCCCCUCCAGCUCGGGCGGAUAUCACCUCAACAAUCAUCCGCAAUGUAGUAGUCAAGUUCAGGGAGUUGGGGGAAAGAAUCGAAAGAAUAUGUAUGCAAUAGCUGGGCAACUGGCUCUUGGAGUGGUUACUAACGUGGUGUUUGGAACCAUCUUUUGGUGAUCGAGCAGCUCAUAAGAGCAUUGGAGUUUCAGUUGCUUUCUUUGCAUCUAAUUUAUUCUUGGUUUGAAGGCCAAAACAUUGUAACUUCAAGCUAUGAAACAAAUUUAUUUCUGCAUUUAGAAUUUGAGAGAAGGAAAUAAGAGAAGCAUGACAGACUUCGGACUUCCCCAAUCUUCUACACCUAUUUUUCAUCACAGUGUCAGACUUGGCUCCCCUUCUAAUGUUGCUGACAAUUCAACCGGUAGCCAGAGUUGGAUCCGGCUUGAGUCUAGAUUUCUUAGCUCAUCUCUCUUGUGUCUGGCCCAACUUCUCCAAUUCUGGGCCAGCUAUUCCCAGGUCUUGGUCAAAUUCUCUGCUGGUUGAAUUGGCACCACACUUGAGCUACUGACAAAAGAGAAAGGCCAGGCAAACGUCUGGUGUGCAUAUGGCCAUUCCUGAAAUUUGUGGUGAAUAUCGGAUGCGGGCCUAUCACCUACGACUGUUCUAAUGUUUAAAGCCUUACUGUCUUAGUGUUUACCCUACGUGUCUACCGUCUACCCCAUUUUUAUGGUUCCUCCACAAGAAUUAGGCCAACUGGCAGGUAUCGUUUUAAGGUGGUUGUUGACUUGUUAUGUCCUAGCAUGCUUUGCUGUAUUGACACGAUUCCUUACAGUAACAGGCCUUAUCCAGGCACUAUGUCUUUACCCCAAACCUUUUCCCUUAUGUUUUUCUAGUUAAAAAUCAAAUUGAAAUGUCGCCUUCCCUUGCAAAAGUGAAAUAAAUCUACUAGUUUUUAGGUUCUGAACAGGCCCUUUCACUCCUCUAAAGCAACCCGUUUUUUGCUAAAUGCAUGCUAUCAAUGAUAAUUAUAGUGUAUAUAUGAAGCAGGUAAUCAUAAACAUUACGUUACAAAUCUGCAAUCAACACCGUAAAGGAAUUAAACAUCCCUCAUAUUAUACAAAUUAAAGGGUACCCCAAGGGAGAAAUGCUUUGCCAGAAGACCAUCAACAUUGUCUUUUAGACUCCUGGAAACGACACCAACCAUGCCUGAAAUUGCUCUCAACAAACAGUAGGCAGUAUCAUUUGAUACCUCGUUUUGGUGUUUUUUUCAUCAUUGUUAUAAUUUUAUGAUGACAGAUUAUGUUGAAUCAUGCUUUUUGAUGAGUUUUUUAUUGUUGCUAGUCAUAAAAGCAUAAAGUUGAAUGGUUUUUUUAAGUUCAAUAUAUUUUGAUGGAAAGAGCAGAUUGGUGGAUUCAAUCACAAGAUAAAGAAAUCAUUCUAAAUGACCCUAAUCAUUGUUUUAUGCAGUCGGAUGGCCACCGUAUUGAAGAAUCAAAUGGAAAUCUGUCCCUUCCUAGCUCUGCAAACAAAUCAAACACGUCAUGUGAAUUUAGAUCUGCCACGACAUUGAAAUUACUGAAAAACACUUUUUUUUUGCUCCUGAAAACUUUCGGCUGGGGAAACCAAGGGUUGUUCCUGGCAAGCUUUAUUGCACGCUUCCGCUUCUGAAAGGCUCAGACAAGGACUCUGAUCAGCUGUUGGGUGAAGAAACUGGGCAAAUGGAAUAUUCCUGGGGUGUAUCUGCACCUUGAGAGCAGAUAUAAAGUGUUAAAGGAAGCCGUGAAGACUUAAAAAACAGCCUUUAAGCACGACUUUCUGGUGCUUAAAGAUCGUUCAAUGAAUUUUGCUGGCAACCUUGUUUUGUCGUCUACCAGGGGGGGCCCUGCAGUACGUGGCGAUUGCUCCAUCGUCGGCGUUGUUUCUCUCUCACCCUAAUGAUUGGAGGGUAUAAAUGUUGGAAACUAAUCAGGGUGAUUUGUGAAAGAACACCCAACGCCUACGAGUCGCCUCACCAACAUUAACUCAGAAAAUAAUAGAAAAAAAGAAACAAAAGAAAUCGUCUUCUGGUCAUCCUCACUAUCUAAUCGCUGCAUAUUUUGACGCGGCAAAAAGGACAAGACUGCUUCCUUGAGAAAUAUCGAGGCAUUGUCCCUUCUCUCUGGAUUCCAUGGAAUUUAAUCGAGCUUUCAUCAAAAACGUGAAGCGUCUGGUCGUCAAGGUCAGCUACAAAGCAACCUGCAAAACUUACUUUCCCAUAUGGCUGAUUUUCCAUUUCCAUGUGCAACAUCAUGUUCAUGUGCAUGUCUUUUCUGAACUGUUCUGGCAAUUUGGCAUGCCAAUUGCCAUGCACAACCCUCCCUCUUUUGGAAAGAGAAAGCAUCCAAUUUUAUUUUUAGUACAAUAAAACAUAGUACAAAAUCUUGGGGAACAUAUGUAUUUUUGGUCCAACCAA